GUCAUGUUGUCAGUUGACUGUCACUCUCACUAGAAAAAUAGGUUAUGAGGUGGCCCGGGCAACGUAUAAAAUAAAAGCUUAAAAUUAUAUUUUUAUUACAUACAGUACUUGGGUUUUGGAGUGGUUACAUAUUUUCCUAUUUCAGUGUAUCUAAAAUAAAUAAAUCAGUAAAAAUGUCGCCAGAAGAAACAAUAGAAAGGUUCAAGCUACUAGGGCUGAAUGAACAAAAGGCGAAGGAAACAUUAAAAAACUCUAAUAUUACAAAAAUUUUACUUGCCGCCAUAAAUGAGGUUGAUCUACAGAAGUUGCCAUCUGGAGCCGGUAUUUUGAUAUAUCAUCUGGCGACAAAAAUAAAACCUCAAAUAUUGAGUAAGCUGACUUUCAUGUGUGAAUAUGUUGCGUCAGGCAAAUUAGAUUCGACAUUGAGAAUUGAUGCUGGACUUGACUACCUUUUGAGCAAUGUAAAUGAGGCCAAUGUUGAUCUCAGUGCUUUUGAGAAAGCGUGUGGUGUGGGCAUUGUAGUCACUCCGGAGCAAGUGGAGCAAGCUGUUGAGAAACAUAUGGCUAAAUAUAAACAAGAGCUUUUAGAAAAGAGGUAUCGUUUUAAUUCAGGAAUUGUUAUGCAAGCAGUAAGAGUUGAAUUACCUUGGGCUGAUGGGAAGGCUAUAAAGAAUGAGGUGGAUGUUCAGAUAUUAGAUUUACUUGGCCCUAAAACUGAGGCUGAUCUGGCUCCUCCACCUAAGGCAGAGAAAAAAGCAAAACCCGUUAAUACAGGAAACAAAACUAAAAAAGAUGAUAUUAAAGUUACAAAACAACAUGAAUCAGAUUCAACAAAUGUUGAGGGAGCAACAUCUAUUGCUGAGUUAAUGAAGAAACUUCCGUUCCAUGCCCCUGGAGAGAAUUACAAAACUGAUGGCUAUGUUGUUACACCUAAGACUAAACAACUGAUUGAAGAACAUUUAAAAAUUACUGGGGGCAAGGUUCGGACAAGAUUCCCUCCAGAACCCAAUGGUAUUCUUCAUAUUGGACAUGCCAAAGCAAUCAACAUCAAUUUUGGUUAUGCUGCUGCCCAUGAUGGUGUUUGCUUCCUUAGAUAUGAUGACACAAACCCAGAGAAAGAAGAAGAGAAGUUCUUUGUUGGCAUUAUAGAUAUGGUUGAGUGGUUAGGUUACAAACCCUACCAAAUCACUCACUCUUCUGAUUACUUUGACCAACUAUAUGAAUGGGCAGUACAACUGAUUAAAGACAAUUUAGCUUAUGUGUGUCAUCAGAAAUCUGAAGAGAUCAAAGGUUUCAAUCCACCACCAUCACCUUGGAGAAACAGACCUAUUGAGGAAAGUUUGCAGUUGUUUGAGGAUAUGAAAAAUGGUAAAAUUGAUGAGGGUGAUGCAACUUUGCGUAUGAAAAUUACCCUUGAAGAGGGUAAGCAAGAUCCAGUUGCAUACAGGAUACGGUUUAAGCCACACCACCGCACUGGCAAUAAAUGGUGCAUUUACCCUACAUAUGAUUAUACUCAUUGUCUAUGUGACAGUAUAGAGAACAUUACACACUCGCUGUGUACUAAAGAAUUCCAGUCAAGAAGGUCUUCGUAUUAUUGGCUUUGUAAUGCUCUGGGUAUCUACUGUCCUGUGCAAUGGGAAUAUGGCCGACUAAAUGUAAACUACACUGUUGUCUCAAAGAGGAAGAUUGCCAAACUUAUUGAUGAAGGAAUUGUUAAUGACUGGGACGACCCGCGGCUGUACACGCUGUCUGCGCUGCGGCGGCGCGGCGUGCCGCCCGUGGCCGUGAACUCGUUCUGCGCGGCGCUGGGCGUGACGGGCGCGCUCGGCGCCGUGGACCCCGCCGCGCUCGACGCCGCCGUCAGGGACGCGCUCAACGUCGCCGCGCCCAGAACCAUGGUGGUCCUGGAGCCAUUGAAGAUUACUAUAACGAAUUUCCCAAGUGACAAACCGAUCCAAGUGACGGUGCCGGACUUCCCAAGCGAACCAGAGAGAGGCUCGCAUAACGUGACAUUCAGUAGAGUCACUUAUAUAGAAGCUACUGAUUUUAAGGAACAACCAGAAAGUGGUUACAGACGGCUUACACCGAAACAAUCGGUCGGCUUGAGACAUGCUGGUUAUGUCCUUAAGGUAACAAAAGUAAUCAAAAAUGGCGCAGGCAAAGUGACAGAAUUAGAAUGCACCGCAGAUCCCACGCAAACUGCGGAAAAGCCUAAAGCAUUCAUUCAUUGGGUUUCCGAACCAGUCACUGUGGAAGUACGACUUUAUGAACCUUUAUUCAAACACAAGAACCCAGAAGACCCCAACGAGGUACCGGGCGGUUUCUUGUCGGACUGUCGCGCAGACUCGUUGAAGGUGGUGGACGCGUACGCGGACGCAUCCAUCGUGGGCGCCAAGGUGUACGAUAAGUUCCAGUUCGAAAGGAUCGGUUUCUUCUCUGUUGAUCCCGAUACAACGUCGUCGCUGGUGGUAUUCAACCGAACCGUUUCUCUAAAAGAGGACACCGGAAAAUAGGAAAUAUAUUGAAAUCUUUUUUUACGUUAAUAAAUUUGGAAUGAUAUUUAUUCAGUUACCUAUAAUAAAAUAUUUAUAAAUAA